CAAAACUUUACAUCCCCCACACACCCAACAGACGAAAAAUACUUUUGUGUGUGUAAUUUACAGAGAGAGUUUUCAGGCAUGAGAAUAAGAAAGCAUGCCAAAAUUUCCCCGCUCCUCUAUUCUUCUUCUUCUUCAUUUCUCAAACAACAAGUUCCUGUUCACGUUUGCCAGCUGAAUCAGUCUCCUUGGGAUGUCAUCACAUUCCCCUUAGAACAAGAUGAAGAAAACGAUAACCCAGAAAUAAACCAGUUUCUACUUCGCCCACCACCGCCGUCUUCUUCUUAUCAGCUGGAUGGAUAUGAUAGCUACGCUGUAAAUGGGACCUCUUAUGAUUCAGAGCAGAGCAUCACGUCGAUGAAGCUGGACGACGACGAAAGGGAAACGAAGAAAGAGAUGGAUUGUUCUAAAAGGGAUUAUUACUUUAACAAUAAUAUUGCUGCUGAUGAUUUCAUUAAGUUUGAGAACGAAUUUGAGGAAGAGCAACACGACCAGGAGAUGGAGGAGCUAGGGUUGGAGAAAGAUGGAGAUAAUAAUAUAACGACAUUGUGUUGCAAAAAUGAUGGGAAGGGAUGGCACUGCAGUAGAGAGACAAAAAAAGGGCAUAAUUUAUGCGAGCAUCAUAUUGCUCAGGUGAAGAAGCAAUACAACGACUCGGCUCAUUCUACUUCUACUACUGCUAAGCAGAUUGCGGCGGCGGAGACUCCCAGUUCUCGCGGCCGCCCCCAUCGUCCUAUGAAAUCAUCUUCCUCCGAAUUCUACUAUUAUUCGGGUUUUGGUCCUUUGUGGGGCAAGAAAAGAAGUCAUGCGAGGACUGAUCCUGCAACUAGUGACGGUCACGGGGCACAAUCUUCUUCUUCUUCCCAAAUGGAUACAGAAGGAUUUGACUAUGUUGAAGACGAGGAUGAUGAAGAUGAAGAAAAUGGUAAGAUCAAAAGAGCCCGUAAGCCUAUAAAAGCUAGAUCACUUAAAUCUCUUAUGUGAAAUUAAAUGCAACUGCAGUUUACUAGUGUUUUUAUCGAGAUGUGUUGUGAUUAUCGUAGAAUGUUAUUUUUUUAAAAGUAGAAGUAAUGUUCUUUAUUUAGGGUAUGGUAGAUUAUUUUGGUUUCAUGGUUAUAAGUGUUCUACUGUAAGUGACAUUAGCUUUUUGCUUCAGUACUGUAGCCUUGGCAUGUGUGGUAAUGUUUA